GGUUGGCUCCGGAGGCGGGGCUGCCGGCCAGUCCUGGCGGAAGUGGCGCGCGCGGCUGCCACAGAGUCAGCCCGCCGGCGCUGGGCUGUCGACCUCACGCCUGGUCGUCUCUACUGCCUCCUAGGUCCAGGCCGUCGCGGACACCAUGUCCGGUUACCCCAAAAGCUAUAAUCCUUUCGACGACGACGUGGAAGAUGAGGACACCCGGCCGUCACCGUGGAAGGACGCCCGCGACCCGCCCGACGGGCCCGACGCGCCCAUGGACCGUCAGCAGUACCUGCGACAGGAGGUGCUGCGCAGGGCCGAGGCUACGGCCGCCAGCACCAGCAGGUCCUUGUCCCUCAUGUAUGAAUCGGAGAAGGUCGGAGUCGCCUCUUCCGAGGAGCUGGUCCGGCAGCGAGGAGUCCUAGAACACACCGAGAAGAUGGUAGACAAGAUGGAUCAGGAUCUGAAGACAAGCCAGAAACAUAUCAACAGCAUUAAAAGUGUGUUUGGAGGAUUUAUCAACUACUUCAAAUCCAAACCAGUAGAGACUCCACCUGAACAGAAUGGCAGCAUUGCCCCUCAGCCCAGCAGCAGAUUGAAAGACGCCAUAAACACAAGUAGAGAGCAGGAGAGCAAGUACCAAGCUAGCCACCCAACCCUCAGAAGACUGCAUGGUGAAGACCCCAUCCCCAAAGAGCCCGCUUCUGCUGUGACUACUGAUGUUUACCCAAAGAACGCGAGCCUUCGUGCCUAUCACCAGAAGAUCGACAGCAACCUAGAUGAGCUGUCCAUGGGACUGGGCCGACUCAAGAACAUAGCCUUAGGAAUGCAGACGGAAAUUGAGGAGCAGGACGACAUUCUUGACCGGCUUACAACCAAAGUGGACAAGUUAGAUAUCAAUAUAAAAAGCACAGAAAAAAAAGUUCGGCAACUCUAAAGAAACUGAAAAAGGAAUUCUACUCAGUUGUAAUGAAAAGAUUCAAAAGCCUCUUUUAAACUCCUAAGGAAUGUUGUUGAUUACACAGUAUGUAAUUUAACAUGUGUGUUCAAAUGUGGGUCUUAAGAAAUUUUAGUUUCAAUGGGAAAAAAUAUCUGUGUUCCACAUUUUGGUAAGAGCAACACCUCUGAAGUUCUGUGAGCUGUCUGCUGAGUUGUAGUCUUAACACGGCAGACUAAUUGUGAACUUGAGCCUUGGACUGCUGUGCUGGGAGGGGAAGAAACCUGCAUUUCUCCUUUCGCGAGUCUGUGCACAGAUGUGGGUAGAAUGUCAGCCUCAGAACGGCUGCCUUCUGUUUACUCAUUUGCUGUGUUUCUUACUCCAAGGCCGUAAUGUGAAUUCAGAUGUGAAGGAACCCUGGGCUGGUGGCAGGAGGAAGGGUCCUUCCACACCUCUACAUGUCAGUCAUUGUGGACAUGCCUGCACACACACUGAGCACACUGUAGCUCUCUCUCCCUGAAAACGACCCGUGUUAGAUCCAGAAAUGGCCUCUGUUCUUGUCCUGUAUUUCAGUAGAAGGAUUCAGACAGAACUGCUGGACUUGACACCUGCAAGUGUAGAUAUUGGAUGAGCCGUUCUUCCCCACCUACUUUCCAUCUCUGGUGGGGACAAAUUCUCUCCACGACUCAAGGCCAUCCAGAUAGUUGAUGGGGAGGGAACCCAUGUGGAGUUGGUGGGCCUGAGUAUCACACAAACAAAAACCUUUCCACUGAGCCCUCUGCCUAUGGGAAUAACCACCUGGGACCUCCACCCAGUCUCUGUGUUUCUACAAAGUGCCCACCUAGUUUGAGGACUUAGACCCACAAAUGAUACUAACCUUCUGUAAGACAACUUGACCAAGAAAAAUCCCGGGUACAAUUUUAGCAGCUAGGCAUGUUGAUUCCCUUCAUCUUCCAAAUGAAAAUAUUUAGAAGCAUUAAUUAAAAUUGAUUUUUAGAACAAUUUUUCCUUGUGUUGGUACUUCCAAUAAAAUCACUGAAGUCAUAGAGUACUUGACUAUCUUAAAAUCAAAUUCACAUAUUUUGAAGAUGGUAAAUGGGUCUUUUUUUAAUAGUAAGGUAAAAAACUAAAAUGCCAGUACCUUUUUGCCUUAAAAGAUGGCUUGUGUACCAUGUUGGGACCCUUCCUUUAACAUCUGGAGUCUACAGUAUCAUAAGCAAAACAAACAUCCGGGCUGUGGGGGUGGCCCAGUGGUUAAGUACCUGCUCUCCUCUCUCAGGGCCCUGGGUUGAUCUCUACCACUGGGCCGAGAAACUGAAAAUGGUAACAGCAUGAUUACUGAUCAUGUAGCGACUUGUACACACUCCUGUCACAAAAUACCCAACCUUUCCGACAAUACGGAAUCAGAGAGACACCAUGUAGCUGCCAGAGAUAGACGCUGGAACAUUACCCAGUAAGCCACAGCCUCGUGGCAAUACACAGAUUAAUGGAGAUGGGUUAAUUUAAGAUAUGAGUUAGCCAGAAAUAUGCUAGAGUCAUUGGCCGAGCAGUGUUUUAAGUAAUAUAGUUUCUGUGUGAUUAUUUCGGGUCUGAACUGCUGGGCGGCUGGGAAACAAACAAACGGCCUCUUGCCACAGACAAAAAGGAGUGCCAAUGUCCAUCUGUCCCUAGAUCUGAAGAUAUGAUUAUGGUGGACCUUUGUGAGCUCAAGGCCAGCCAGGACUAUAUACCAAAACCCUGUCUCAAGCAAUAUAGAGAGACCAGUUCAUAUAUAUUUCUACUCGUGAUUGUUUUCAGCUUUUCUGUUUUCGUUUUUUAUUUUUCUAAGACAGGGUUUCUCUAUAGUUUUUGGACCCUGUCCUGGAACUCACUCUUGUAGACCAGGCUGGCCUUGAACUCACAGAGAUCUGCCUGCAUCUGCCUUCCGUGUGCUGGGAUGGGAUUAAAGUCUAUGACACCACCACCUGGCUGUUUUCAGCUUUUCUAUAAAACCUUCCAUGUGAGAUAACUAUCGCUUUUUAUCAGCAUCAGCCAUAGCCUUGUGGAGUUAAUCACCUGAGAGCACCUUCCCUUAGCAGCCAAGUGUCCAUGGUCAGUGGGCUUUUUGUUAAAUUAAUGAUUUCAAUCUGUCUCCUUUCCCAAUCUUUUUAACUCCAUGGUGUGAAACCUGUCUUCCUUCUAAUGUUUAGCAUCUAAACCAUUAGAGGGCCUCGAGCAUUUUGUUUUGUUCUUCAGACUCAUGCUGUGGUCUGCUGAAAUUGUCCCUUGGCCAGCUGGAGACUGCUGGUACCGUUAAAGGACCUAAGGAGGGUCCAGAGUCCUUAUCACAUGAUAAUUGUGACCAGAUCUGCUGGCUGACAGCUGGAAUCACAGCACUUAGGAGGCAGAAGGAUUGCUGUGAGUUUGAGGUUCAGGAUGAGAUCUUUUCUCAACAGAAUUCAUGGCUGUGAUGGGGAGAGGAAGGACUCAUCCCUGCACGCUGGCCUAGGAAGUUAGUGGCAGUGGAGUAAAAUGGGCUUCCAAUGUCACAGAGCAGGCCAGUGAACAUACCCUUGACAUGUGAGGUCUGCAAGACAGACUGACACAAACUGUCUUCAAAAAGGUGACGUUUGUAACUUUAGGUCAGCUAUAUGCUAAGCGUGCUACUAAAAUAAGUGCAUUCUCCUUCCUUCUAUCACGCACUGACCUGGAACCUAGCCGCACUAGAGUGACCUCAUGAAUUGUUUCUCCUCAUUCUGUAGGAGAGGCCCGAAGUUCAUUCAUGUAAUAACUAAAAAAAGAUAGCGGUGCAUUUUAAUUUCUCUUUCUCCUUAUAAAUAAAUGUGUGAUUUUAAGUGUAUAAUGUAUCAUUUAGUAAAUAUUUUCUAAUUUGCCUGAAUAA